AUGAAGAGAAGAAAGUCUCGUGGCACGCUGCAGCAGUCGCUGAGUCAGCAAUUACGCGUUCAGUCGCCGAACUUGAAUACCAAGCCGUCCAACAAGAGCCUGCACUCAUCGCCGAGGUACAAUCAGGUUUUGUUGAGAAGCGACAGAUCAACGAGGUUCCCGAAGAAUUGCACGAAGAAGGAUAGCUUCAAGUCGCUUGAGUCCUUGUUCGAUCUGAGCAAACCAAUUCAACUGAACGUCGAGGAUUUCCUCGCUGAGGUCCCGCAAUCCGAAAAUUUAGAGAAGCUCGAAGAGGACCAGUCCGAGAGUUGUCGGUCGAGCUUACAGUCUGAUCGACUCGAGGAUAACAUCGAGAAACUGCGACCUGCUUUUGUGGAUAGCGACUCGACUCCACUGUUGAUUGACGAGUUGACCGAUGAAGAUACAAAGUCGGAGAACGACAGCGUAGACAAGAUCGAGGAUAUAUCUGUGCUGUCGGGAAUCGAAGAAGACUCGGUGUCAGAAAUGUCUGAUCAAGAAAUCUCCGAAGGUCAAGAUGGCGCCGAAGAUGCAAGGAGCACGAGAACGCAGAAAACUGCGAAAUCCGGCGCCUGCGCGACCAAAGAGCUAACUGAUAAAGAUUCGCUUUACGCCCCUGCUUACGAUCCACUGCCGCCUUGCAUUGGCGAAGGUAUCGUUGUUGGCUGUGGAAAAAAUCGCGACUCGGUAAUGAGCGCGAUGCCCGUGCCGGAAUCGUAUCUGUUUGAGGAGAUUCUAUGCGACGGCAAGAGAGCGAAUACCAUCCGCAAGCAAAUCGAAGAAUUGAAAUCCAUUAUAAAGGAGCUGACAUGCAAAGAGAAGCUGUCGGAAGAGGACACACUGACAUUGAAGUGCAAGCAAGAAGAACUUAUGCAAAAGAUUGGUGAGCUCAACGAGAUCACUCGUAAAAUACAACGAGCUAUCGGUAUGAUCGACCCGUCGUCAAUUACUUUUGCUAAGAUGUUUGAAAUGUUGCCGUAUCCGCACAAACCUUGUGGAAGAACAAUAUGUGGUGACGAUAAGAACGACGACCCUUGUACAAAGCUCGAUGACUGUACGACCAAGCCUUGUCAAAAGUUUGCUUUUCCGCAGAUCGAUUACGAGGAGGAUAAAUUGCCACGAUUAAUAGUCUGUGGAAAUACCGAGGAGACCUUCCCAAAGAUUGUAAUAGCUGACAGUCGACCCAAAAGUCGCGGCAACAAGUGUCUCGAAGACUUAACCGGUCGUCUCUCCGAGUCUCUCUGCUUGCAAGAAAAGCUCGCCAAAGAGAACGCAUGCCUCGAAGGCGGAAAAUUUCAAUUGGAAAAGGAAUUGUUAGAGAAGGACAGUGCGUUAGAAUGUCUCGAGCGAAAGAUUUGCGGGUUGCAAGCGGAGAUGCGAAUGAUAGUACAAGAGAAUAGCGAGCUCACGCGCAAGAUGAAGGGUAUUGAACAGCAGCAACAACAGCAACGUAGUUGUAGCCCAACGCCGAGGGCUUGUCCGGAAGCGGAUUGUCCAUCACCACGGAAACCCGAGUUCAGUGACUUGUCCUGCAAGUGCAGCUCGCGAGAACAAUCUGCUAGACCUGCGUGUCCUACUGCAAGUCCAAGAUCUUGCCAAAAACCAGGUCAGAGUUGCAAUACUGCGCGACUUUACGGUGGAGGUUCUCACGGUGACAUGUUACGUCAAAGUGGUGGUGGUGGCUGUGGAAAGCAAACUACAAGUCAAUCUCAGCGUGGCAAAACAUGUCCUGUUCAAAUCGAGGAGAAACUCGCUGCUUACGGCACUGAUACUAAACAUCUGAGCGAACAAUUGACGUGUAUAGAAAACACAGUUUCUAAUCUAAAAUCUGAGUUGAUGUACCUCCAGCAUGAAAAGCAACUACUCAGUCAACAACAAAAGCUUCUCGAAUGCGCUAAUUCAUGCGCCACCUGCAACCCUGACCAGCCGAAAUCAGCUUGUAAAUCUAUCGCUCCUCAAAAUUCGAUGACUUGUUUGCCUUGCAAUGAUGCGCCGGAAUGCGCAAGCCAGCAAUUGCGCGAUUUACGCGAACAAUACGCGCGUCUACAGGACGACUAUAAGAAUAAAUUGUGCGAGGUAUCCCGUUUGCGAAGCGACGCAGAGUCAUUGAAACGGGACGCUCGUGAAGCCAAGGAGGAACGCGAGCGUUUAGAAAUUAAACUGACAGAUGCUCAAGAACGCGCUCGAGUAAUUGAAUCGGAACGCAACGAAUUGCUCGGGAGCAAAGAAUUGCUGGUUGAACAGGAACAAGCCAUACUUGUUGCCAAGCAAAGGUACAGAGAAGUGCAAGAUGAACUUGAAGAGUUGAGAACAAUGAUAAGAGAUCAGGCCGCUCAGAUCGAUGAUUAUCGUAAUAAGUACUUGCAGGCGCAGCAACAAGUAGAAGAGCAACUUCGGCAGUUAGACCUCAUGGAAAUGGACAAUGCGAGGAUGAAUGAAAAUGUAACCUUGGAAAUCGGGCGUGUUAAGAACCAAUUUCAAGAAAAACUCGCAGAGCUUGCACCACUACCAGAUAUAUUGAAACAGACGCAGGUGAAACUGCAAGAGACUCAGCAAUUGAGAAUGCUUGCCGAACAUAACUGCGAGGAUUUAUCACGAGAGCUUUUGACCGCUAAGGACAGGAUCGAUGCUAUGCAGACGCAGAUUAAUGAUCUGCAACGCGAAAUUGAAGUUAUUAGUGACGAGAAGACUAAUGGUGAUGGCAGGCUUGACGAGCUUGAGAGAAAGAAUAGCGAGUUGCGUACUGAGAAUGAACGUUUGAAAAAUGCUGUUGCCAGGUUUGAAGAGCAACAGUGCACCGUGCAGAAAAAAUUAGACGAGAAACAACAUGAAAUUGUUCAGCUCAAUGCUACUCUUGAACAGGUACGAGAAGAUUCCGCAAGACAAGUAUCUAGGACAAAAGAAAGAUGUGAAGCAAUUAAAAAGAGUAUGCAAUCGCAAAUCAGUGAAUUUGAGAUACAGUUGGCGCAGUGUCGAGCUGUUGCUAAAACUGCUCAGAAAGAAAGAGACGAGAUACGGCAAAAGAUGCAAGGACAAAUCGUGAACUUGAACGAAGCUUUGCAACAAGCACAAGGAAGAAUAAAAUCUUUACAAGGACAUGUUGACUACUUAAAAGUCUCCUACAGUAACGUCUUCGGUGGUCAAGGUUCGGGUGAGAGCCCUAUUCCUCAAAUGGAAAUGCCUUUAUCUGGCCAAGGCUAUGACUCUUGUGACUGCAAUCACUAA